CAUAACCGGCAGGAGUCCAUAUCCCCGGAAUAUCAUCGCUAUGCAAGCAUUGGUAAGUUGCCAAAAGCGGUGGCGGCAGCAGCAGCGCAAGCAACAUAUACCGUUACGGCGGACAUACACCACACCAGCAAUAACAGCAGCAACAACAAAAACAAUAUUAUCAGCAACAACAACACCAUUAGCAGCAGCAGCAGCAAUAGCAAUACCGUCAGCAGCACGGCGAGCAGCAGCAAUAACAACGGUCACAAUAAUAUUAGCAAUAACCAACAUUACAGCAACAACAACAACAACAACCACACAACACACCAGUCUCAACAGCCACACUACGCCGGCGAUGCAAUCAAUGCAUCUUCAUUUGCCACACCACCGACACGACGACGUUUCUUUAAUCACAAGAAUUUGCGCAGCGCUUUGACCGGACACCGUCGCACCGCAUCGAGUGGUGGUGUUGGCGGCGGUUGUGGUGUGCCAACAGAUGCCGCCGCAGCGAUACUCGUCGAUGGCGAUGACGAUCACGUGCUAACUCCUGCCGAGAAGCAAAAGGAUCAACUGCGCGCCCGGCUCGGUCUGCUGCUGGACAGCGAUCAGAAUGGAAAUACGAACACCACGACCAGCAGCAGCUCCUCACAGAACAUCAGCCCCGAACAGACGCUAUCGAAUGGUUGCGCCAACGCAUUUGGCUCUCAACUCUCCGUGAUCACCAAGGAUGACACACUCAGCUUGGCUGGCAAGUUGAAUGCGUUGUCCGUAUCCACAGAUAACAGUGAUGUAUUUCCUGUGAAGGCGCGCAAAUCGGGCAUACGACGUUCGGCACGCACCGGUCAAGUAGGCAGUGGCGCGGGUAAGCGUAAUGCCAUUUACAAGCCAGCGGCCACUGUUCCACCAGUGCAACUUGCUUUGAAGCCGCUCUUCUUUGAGGUACCAUUACCCGAACCAGAUCCACCAUUUAUUGGACGUCAGUGGCUUCUGCGCGAACUCUCCAACAUACUCACCGGCACCGAGACGCCAGGUGUGCUGAUCAAUGGCAAUCCAGGUACGGGAAAAACGGCGCUAAUUUUGCAGUUGGUGGAGUAUUCGUGUUUUGGACGCCGCAAGAACAGUAAAGAAGACAGCGAUCCAGAUGGCAUAUAUUGUCCCAUCAAUAUCGGCCACGAUCGCAUACGGGCUUUGGCUUCGCACAUUGUCGGCUAUCACUUCUGUCAGGCCGAUUCGAAUCUGACUUGCUUGGUGCCGGACUUUGUACACUCGCUAGCUGCACAGCUAUGUCAAGCUCCACAGCUGGAGGCAUAUCGCGAGUAUCUUCUCAGCGAGCCGCAUCUGCAGGAUAUAUUAAGUGUGAAGGAGUGCAUUGCCGAUGCUGAGCGCGUGAUGCGCAUGGCCAUUUUAGAGCCGUUAAUUGUGCUAAAACGCGCUGGAAAGAUACCAACAAAGACAUGCGUUAUACUCGUCGAUGCGCUGUGUGAGGCGGAGUACCAUCGCCCCGAUCAUGGAAACACAAUCGCUACUUUUCUUGCCAAGAUGACGCAACACUUUCCGUCGUGGUUGAAGGUCGUUGCCACGGUGCGCACGCAGAUGUUGGAAUUCGUCAAAGGUUUGUCGUACACAAAAAUGACGCUAGACAGCUGGGCCUCGAACGAUCUGCUGCAGAAAGAUAUGCUAGACUACAUCACAUUCCGUGUGAACCACAGCGUGGAAAUACAGAGCAAUAUUGGUGCUAUAAAAGAUCACAGCAGCGGACAGCUCAAAUUCAUAGGGCACCUGCAGGCGCUGACGAAGGGCUCGAUGCUGUACGCCAAGCUCAUUCUCGAUCUCAUUGAGCGCGGCCAAUUAGUGAUCAAGUCGACCAGCUACAAAGUCCUGCCCGUGAGCUUGGCGCAGAUCUUCCUCUUGCAUUUUAACUUGCGUUUCCCCACCAACAGCAGCUUUGAAAAGGCCGCACCCAUACUCAACGUGUGUCUGGCUGCGCUCUAUCCGCUCACUUUGAACGAGAUCUACUACACCAUUAGCGCCAUGAAAACAGACGAGGUGCUGAGUUGGGAUGAGUUUUUGCAGCGCUUUAAACUGCUGGAUGGCUUUCUCAUACGCCGCAUUGAUAACACUUACAUGUUCUUCCACUCCUACUUUCGCGAGUGGUUAAUCAGGCGCGACGAGGGUGAAUCCUCGAAAUUCCUCUGUGAUUUUCGACUCGGACAUGCAGCCCUUGCAUUUCGGUUGUCGCGCAUGCAGGCGCCACUCGAUCCCGAGCAGACGAUGGAACUGGGCCAUCACAUGCUGAAGGCGCACAUCUAUCGCAACUGUCAGGGCCCACAACUGCCACGCGAUAUGCAGUCCUUCUGGGUCGCUUCGGUCACCGACAACAUUUCCGCUGCGCUCGGCUCGCUACGCAACGUCUAUAGCCCAAACUUGAAGGUAUCCCGCCUAAUACUGCUCGCCGGCGCUUCACCACACUACCGCACUGAGUUCAUGGGCGAUGCAACAAUACUCUGCAUAGCAGCGCACGAAGGCAUAGUGCCCAUGGUGAGCUUGCUGCUAGAAUUUGGCGCCGAUGUUAGUCUCACAAACAGCCAAGGCUGCACGCCGCUCAUACUGGCCGCCAUACGCGGACACGCAGACGUCGUGCGCUUGCUUGUCGCCGCCGGCAGCAGUUUGGGCCAGACCGAUACAACGCAACGCUGCGCGCUAGUGCAUGCAGCGCGCACAGGGCGUUUGAACGUGGUCAAAUAUUUAUUGGCCUGUGAUUGGACGCCGCGUCCCAACUCGCACGAUGUAAGCUUGGCCGUAGCGCUGCAGCAAUCCCUCAUUGCUGCGGCAGCACAGGAUCAUAUAACAAUUGUUGAGGAUCUCCUCGAACUUGACGGCAUCGAUGUGAAUCUCAUGGAUGAAGCGUGUGGCGAUCUACCACUAACAGCAGCAGCCCGUAAUGGCUGCAGCGACGCUGUGGCAAUUUUGCUAUCGAAAGGCGCGCGCAUUGACGCACGCAACAAGCAAGACUACACUGCGCUCUGGCUGGCAGUGAAAGAGGGUCACUGGGCAGUCGUCGAAAAGCUGAUACAAAACGGUGCCGACAUCGAUGAACCAGUGACGACGGCACGCAAAACACCGCUCAUGAUUGCCGCAGAAGAGGGACACAUUGAGCUGCUAGAACUGCUAAUAGAUCGCGGCGCUUCUCUUGAGGCGCAAGAUGAGGAGGGCUUCACCGCGCUCUCCUGGGCUUGCCUGCGUGGGCGUCAACCCGCAGCCAAGUGUCUGAUCGAACGUGGCUGCAACCGGAAUCACGCUGACAACAACGGCCGCACGCCACUAGAUCUGGCAGCAUAUCAGGGAUCAGCAGCGCUGGUGCUCUAUCUGCUCGAGCAGGGCGCGAAUAUAGAACACAUCGAUGUGAAUGGCAUGCGACCGCUAGAUCGUUCGAUCGCAUGCCGCAACAUACAAGUGGUACAAGUAUUUCUACGACGCGGCGCCAAACUUGGACCCACCACAUGGAGUAUGGCGAUGGGUAAGCCGGAGAUUUUGGUGGUGCUGCUAAAUAAACUACUAGAGGAUGGCAAUGUUCUCUACCGCAAGAAUCGCUUUCACGAUGCAGCGCAUCGCUAUCAAUAUGCGCUGCGUAAGAUCUCAUGUUUGGAGAAUUUGCUAGAGCGUAGCGCAAUAUUUGCACAGCUGCGCACUAAUCUGUUGCUAAAUCUGUCGCGCUGCAAGCGAAAGUUAAAUGAACUUGACGAAUCUAUCGAUUUAGCCACGCAGGCCAUUGCGCAGAAACCCAGCAGCUAUGAGGGCUACUACGCGCGCUGCAAAUCGCGCAUGGAGUGUGGUGAUUUUCAUGAAGCACUCAUCGAUGCCAAUGAAUCCAUGCAGAAGGCCAUGCAAAGUGGCGUGCCAGCCGAGGUGGUCGAGGUGCUCAAACGUAUACAGGCUGAGCUGUUGGCGCGCACCAGCAGUGAAUCGUUCAAUGGCAGCGGAGGUGUUGUGGGAGUUAUUGGAGCAGGCGCGCGCUCUAGUGCUAAUGCCUACGAGGAGUAUGCGCUCAGUUGCGCUGAUUUAGGGGCCGUCGGCUUGCCAACACAGAACGAGAGUUCCGAUCUGUAGCGCGUACUUUAAGAGACACAUAGAGCAUUUAUUGUUUACUUACAGACUUGAGUGAAUUUUUGAAAAUUUAGUUUUAUUAUUACUAUUUAAGUAUUAUAUCCUUUAAAUUUGAAAUUUUUCGUUUGUUUGUUUUUUUUUAUCGUGCCUUAGUUUAUUUUGCACUGAAUUUCUUUAAAAUGGAGCUAAAGAUUUGGCGGAGCCAGCAUUUCUUAAUACGAAAAUAAUUUUAAAAAUUAAAUUAAUUAACUUUUUAGUUACUGUAGCUGUUUGCAUAUAUAAAUACUAAAUCUACAUUUUAAAUGUCCUGUAUUUAUUUACGUUUGUGCUUUGCUUGCAUUUAUUCUUUAUAUGUUUUUUUUUUUGUAAUUCUACCAAGUUAAACUACUUUAUGGGGUAAAAAGUAAAAAACACUGACUUAUCUUUUCCUUGAACAAUUUAAAACAUAUAAGUAUUCGUGCUACUUUAUAUUCUUCGUUAUGUUAUACUCUUUCCCCAACUCCCUCAAAAAUUUCCAUAAAAUACUUAAGUACAAUAUGUAUGUACUAUAUUAAAAUACUUUCUUUUGAAAUAAAUUCAAAAAUUGUUUAGAAUAAAAAAAAUUAACAAAACUAUUUUCAUCUGCAUGUAAAAAUCA